AUGGAGGCCGGAGAUGAGACCGAAGCUCCCCGGCAACAAAGCCUGACUCAUGUGGCCCAGAACACGACGGAUGGGAGAGGCCGUCGAUCUCCCAGACCGGAGCUGUUCGACAGCCCUAACCACUCUGCAAGCGCCCCUCAAGACUUCUCCCCCCACCCCAGGAACGGCGGGGUUGAUCCCGGUCCACCUCAGGGAGGCCCACCAGACAUACUGGGCACAGGGGGUGAAGCCACAGAGUCUGUGGGGACGUCCAGUGAACCACCAAGCAUGGCUGACGCCAUGUGGCACCCAAACUCAGCAGAAAAGCAAACCAACCUCAUGACCAGACUCAACAGAAUCUUCAAUCAAUUCUGGCGGACACUGGAAAAUAAGAUGCUUCAUACUACCCCAGAACAGACGAAGGCUCACUCACCCUCACAGCAAACCGCCUGCCCGCAGCAGACACCCACAGCCUUGGCAAAGGGCCCAAAAUGGCUGUGA